AUGGACCCCUUCAGCACCCUACCUCAUGAGCUCCUAUCUUCAAUCAGCGAGGACGCUGCUGAUUGGGUUGGGCUUGACAGCCUGAUCCGAGUUUCGCCACGCAUCGCCGCACUAUUCCACCCCGAGGGAGGUUCGAAUCAAGCUCACUCCGAUGCCAUCUACCUCGUUGAGAACAUCUUACGGACAAACCCCAUGAUGAGCCAUCAACUGCACCGGUUCUUCCGGAUGUGUGGGGAUCUCCAGAGCUUGCCCUUUUCCUCCGGAUGCAAUCUGACCUUAGCCGAGUUUAUGGCGCAGGGUUACUCCUCACCUCUGAGCCCCACUUCUGUGACCGGCACUGUGCUGCGGGGCAUGGUCUGGGUUGCAGCCAACAUCCAGCGACUGGCCUGCGCCUGCUUAACCACCUUUCUGGCACGCACCCGAGCGGUGCAACCAAUAGGCUACGGAAGGGAUGCGGCCCGGAGGCUAAAGGGGGAAGAGCCAUACCCACCGCGAGAGGCCGGUCCUCCAUCGUGGGCGGAAGAGUACCGUGUUUACCGAGCCUUGUGGCAUCUACAGCUGUAUUCGGAUGUUUGGAAAGUCGUCCCUCAGAUAGGCUGGUCUCUCAGCGAGCUCCAUCUCUAUCUACGAGUCUCGGACUUUGAUAUCCCUUCCGAAAGGCCUGAACGCGGGCCAACGCAAGACGGAGAACCCACCGGGGAUGAAAUGCGGGCUGUGUCGGAGUGUCUGCAGGAUAUCUGUCCCCAUCCAAACCUAUCGGAACCCCUGAGUGCCAACCUCGAUAGCUUCUACCUACGAUUUUGGCUGGAGCUGCCCGAUGCAUUGUCUCUCAGGCGCCAGGAUCCCCAAGGUAGCGAUGAUUCUCAAGCCAUUGCUUUCCGCAGCUUCGGGGUUUGGUGUCCCCCACCUCUCCCGUCUCCCGAGGAGGAUACGUGCAAGCCUGUUUUGGGGCAAUGGGGCAACACUAUCUGUGCUGUGCAAGAACGAAAUAUUGGCUAUCCGGCCGAAGGAGAAGAUGCCAACUACAGUGGACUGUGCAGCUUUACAUGCAACUAUGGAUAUUGCCCUGAGGGUGCAUGUGCUACAGUCAGCUCGCCAUUGACAAUUCCUAGCAGCUCCCCCUUCACUCCUUCCGCCUGCGUGGCCGGAACAGGCGAAGGGAACCUCGGAGGAUUGUGUUCAUACGCCUGCAACUUCGGUUACUGUCCGAUUCAUUCAUGUACGUGUACGGCAGAAGGGGUGUUGAUCGACGCGCCGGCAGCCAACUCCAGUCUUACAGGGGUCCCGGUGUCCACUGUCGACUACAACCAGUAUCACGGUUUGUGCGACUUUGCGUGCAGUCGAGGGUACUGUCCGGAUGGUGCCUGUGAGCUACGGUCCACACUGGACCCUUCCACUGGUUCGACCGGACAUGACUCCUCCAGCUCGUCCUCAACUUCUAAUAUCUCUAACGACACAAUCGCUUUUGUUGGGUCAGGCGUCUGGGAAGAUCCCUUCGCCGACUGUCCCUUUCCAUGCACGAUUAUAUUCCCCGAAACGACACUGGGAAGUCCAACAAUCAUUUAUCCUCCCCCAUACACCACGACAUUGCAGGUGGAAUGGCAGGACAGCAGUGUGACGACGCAGACGGACGGUGAGGUAUCAACCGUGGCGACAACGACCCGUGUCGCGGAAUCGACUACGGUUGACAUACCACCGAUCCAAGUAACCGGCUGGGGAUUCUGGCCUGUGGUGGUCAACGGACCUACUGACAGUCACAUUACCGUUCAUCCCACGCCUCGUCUUCCCCCAAGUACCGUGAUUAUCGCGGAUGACCCUAACCCUCUGGGUCAAAGUUCUGUGACGCAUGCUCCCCGGCCGCGUACAGUCAUCAUUCCACCUUACCCCUGGGAUACCAGGCCCUAUGGCAAGGACGGCAGCGACGACAACCUCAUUGUUCCUAAGCCCCCCGCCAUCACCGUUGCCGAUGGUCCCGUGAGCCCCAAGUGCACGAAUGACUGUGGAAAGCUGUGCAGCGAUCGCUUUUGCGGCUGUACGUGGGCCUGUAGGGGAACCGGGUUCACCUACAGCGACGUUGACACCGACGACGACAACAAUGGCGGCAGCAAGACCGACGACGGAAGCUCCAGUCCAGGCAAAGGGUCCAACAGUAAUGACAAUCCAGAUGGAGAUGACGAUGACGACGACGACGAUGACGGCGGAAUCGAUUUUGGCUGGGGCGGCAUCGACAUCAACGGCAACUCGCCGGACCCCAAUGCCAACAAUGAAGACUCGAAUAAGAGUCAGACCUCCAAGACCACCUCCACCUCUACCUGCACCCGCAAGACAAUAACCGACGCUUGGGUCUCGUGCACAUCGCUUGACUCCAGCUCGACCUCCUGCACCACCACCAGCACCCUCGUUGAGGUCGGCUGCUCCGUUACGGCCACUACUACGACCACGACCGCCACCGGCGAAAGCUGCCCGUUUGUCAACCCCAGCGAUGACCAGGGUAGUGACGGUGGGGCCCUGGCCGACAGCGCCUGGUCCAGCAUUGCGGGCCAAUCCUCGGGGUGGUACACGUAUCUGGGGUACACCGCGGAUCCUGCCAAAACCGCCACGACAACCACGGCGCGUAAAACCAGCACUAGCACCACAACUACAGCCACAGCAACCGCAGCCGGCUCAACCUCCACCAAUACCAAGCUUCCAACCUACGGUGACAAGUCCGCCUGGGCUCUGUUCCUCCGCGAGGAGGUGGGAAACAACAAACACACCUACAUCUACCAGGGUCUGGAUUACGAGUACGUCGGUCUCGCCCAGAGCAACUGCCCGCGCGACACCACGUGGUCCCGCAGCGUGAUGACUGGCACCAGGAAGCCCACCAGUCUGACCGGAAUCACGGUGUUUGGCGAUACGUGCUCGCUCACGGCUGACUAUGCGAAUGUCGACCCCACAAAGGACCAGAAAGUCGGGACGCUCUCGUGCAACAAAUACGCCGACGCGACCUGCAAGUAUGAAGAGACGAGUGGGACGUGUGAGACGGGCCAGAUUACGGGGACGCAUAUCUUGUCCUGUUACUGGUGA